AUGUCAUCCAAACUCUUGAGAGAGUCUGCAAGCAGUUCACGUGCAAAGCCAGAGGUCGAAGUGGCAGCUCCUGCGUCGGUUUCUUCUUCGGUUAAACCGGUUUCACCGGCAGUGAACUAUGUAACUCUCGGAACAUUCAGCUGGGAUCAAGACAAUGAAAAAGUCAAGAUGUACAUAUCUUUGGAAGGUGUUGAUCAGGACAAGGUUCAAGCUGAGUUCAAGCCAAUGUCUUUGGACAUCAAAAUCCAUGAUGUCCAAGGGAAGAAUUACCGAUGUGCCAUUCCCAAGUUGCACAAAGAGAUUGUCCCCGAGAAGUGUAAAGUGCUUGUAAAGCCUAAGAGAAUAGUUAUCACAAUGUUCAAGUCUUCAAGAGGAAACUGGGUUGACAUACACCACAAAGAAGAUAAGAUCAAACCUAGUUUUGAGAAAGAGAAAGAUCCCAUGGCUGGAAUUAUGGACUUGAUGAAGAACAUGUAUGAGGGCGGAGAUGAAGAAAUGAAGAAGACAAUAGCAAAAGCUUGGACAGAUGCUAGGUCAGGCAAAACAGCUGAUCCACUAAAAGGACUGUGAAGCAUCUGUGACCAGUUAGCAUUUCACUGGUCAUGGAUUUUUUGGGCGGACCACUUGUGGUUUUAUCUUCUAGUGAUCGUAUCUGUAAAAGAAGUUGGCAAAACUGAAACACCAGUUUUAGACUUUAGUCGUAUGUUUGCUUCGCUGUUUUGCGUAGUAGUUAUUCCUUUGGGUACUUGACAGUUGUUUGAUACUCUCAUUCUGAUAUUUUCGAAACAUGAGAUGUAAUAGUGAUGAUAUUAAACU